UCAAGAUACAAUACGAAAUGUUUUGAUUUUUUGUUAAUCUUUGGUGUUUACAUGGUUCCACGAGAUCUUCAGUUACAACUGUGAACUGUUUAUGUUUAAAUAUAGGCGUAAGCAGUAUGAGGCAGCCAUUUUUGACGUAAUAUUAUAAUAGGGAAAAAAAUGUGGGUGCGUAUGCUUAUGUUCCCGAGAGCAGGUUUGGAGAACUUCUUGUGGGUGCAUGUGUGCUGGUCCUAAUGCUGUUGCAGAUAAACAUGAACUGUAUUUAGUGUAACGUCAGUAAAUAGAAGUGGUCACUAUUACGUUGAGCUGCUGCUCUCAGGAAACAAAAAACAGAAGGUGUGUAGAUGGCAAAAUGGAGGAGAAGCAAGAGUGUUACUCUGCUUCAAAGAGCGUGAUGUUCUGGAAAACUACUGCAGAUGUAUGUCUGGGACAUGUUUUAUUAGACUCACCAGACCCAUAACAACAAAAUAAAUGGAAAUUGUGCUUUACUUUAACCUCGUAGUUUUGCGAUGGCUUCAUAUUAGCGAAGUUGCUAAAUUUCAGGUGGAGAACUUCCUCUUCGUGAGCCGCACAGGUGUGAAAGAAGAACCCAAGGAAGCUACAGAUGAAGAGGUUGGCACUUUUGAAGAGAUUUCCAUCCCCGAUUGGAAUGUGCAUAUUAAGCAGGAGGUGGAUGAGACUGAUGCAUCCACUUUGGCUCGUGUUCUUGAGCGAGAUCCACUUCGGGGAGAAGAGCAAGAGCACUUGGCAUCUGAGAAUGAUUAUCUUGAUGAGUGUGACCCUUUGAAGAUUGAAGAUGAGAUGGUUGAAAUCUGCUGUCGGCAAGGUUGGAAGAACUAUGUUACAAGAAAAUUGUCUGCAUGGAGUUACUAUUCGUAAGUUGGAGAUUGCUGCUAAGAAA